ACAUCCAUCGUGCGCACGGCUCGCUAUAAAUUUAAGCUGGUGUAGGCAGUAACCGCAGACAGCAGUGGUUAGCAACGUAGACGUUAGAAUCUAUUCCGCGAAAAGUAGGAAAAAUGGUGUUCAACUGUUUCGCGUUUGUUGCUGCAGGAUUGACUGUGUUGGUUGUCUAUUUAAUAAACAAAUACAGUUAUUGGAAGAGGCAUGGAAUUCCGACAGCGAAAGGAGUGGUACCAUGGGUGGGCCACAUGUUACCUGUAUUAACUCUGAGGACAACUUUUUCGCAAUUGGUUCGCAAGAUGUACGAAGAGUAUAAAAAUCACAGCAUGAUUGGGUUUUACAGAAUAAGGUCCCCGGUACUACUUGUCCGUGAACCACAGUUAAUAAAAACCAUCUUGCAGAGCAAUUUUUCGAGUUUUCACAAAAAUUUGUUGAUGACAAUUCACCCUGAGUUGGAUACUUUGCUAGCCAAGAAUCCCUUUUUCAUGAGUGGCGAGGAGUGGAAAAUCACAAGAAGACGAUUCACUUACGCGUUCUCUGGCCUGCGAUUGAAAAUGCUUUUCGGAGCUGUGAGCGGAGUGUGCAAGAAAUUCGAGGAUUUCCUCCAGAGGCGGCUACAGGCAACCAACAAAUACGAAGUUGAACUGAAGUCUUUGUUUUCAAGAUUCACAGGCGAAGUCGUGGCGAACGCUGGUUUCGGCGUCGAGGGAUAUUGCAUGGACGAUGAAUCGCAUUCCAAGUCUUUCGAUCGGCUGGGGAAAGCUAUGCUCGAGCCAAAUUUGAAGAACGCGAUUGCGAAUAUUAUUAUUUCAUUCGUACCUGAGCUCAGUAAAGUACUGAAGAUCGCUUUUGUGCCGAAGAAGGUAGACAGAUUCGUGAGGAACGUGGUUUCGGAAAAUCUGGAAAUGAGACGAAAGUCCUCGAUACCGAGAAACGACUUCCUCCAAGUGAUGAUCGAUCUUGAUAAAUCCGAAGGAAAGACGUUGGACGAGGAGCAACUCGCAGCUGACGCGCUUAGUUUCUACCUUGACGGCUACGAAACGUCUAGCAUCACCCUCAGUUUCGUCGGAUACCAUUUGGCCACUCAUCCAGACGUUCAAGAGAAGUUGAGGAAUGAAAUUACAUCCACGAUUGCCAAACACGGCGGUACCUUAACGUUUGAUGCUCUCAAGGAUAUGACGUACAUGGACCAAGUGAUCAGCGAGUCGCAGAGAUUGCUUCCGGCUGUGGGUGUUAUAAAAAAGCAAUGCACAGAAGAAUUCGAGCUUCAAGGAUCUGAUGGAUUGUGUUUCCGAGUGAAACCUGGUACAGAGAUCUCUAUUCCCAUUCAUGCGCUGCACACAGAUCCCGAAUACUGGCCAGAUCCUCAAGUUUUCGACCCGGAACGAUUCAGCAACGACAGAAAGCAAUCUAUACAAAAAAUGACGUUUCUUCCUUUCGGUGAAGGUCCAAGAAUAUGCCUCGGAAUGCAGAUCGGUAUACUGCAGAUGAAAGCUUGCAUAGCUACUCUGGUGAGAAGCUACAAGCUCGAGUUGUCCCCAAAAACGCAGCUUCCCUUACAAUUAUCCCCAACUCACAUUCUGGCUGCUCCUGUUGGAGGCUUGUGGGUGAAUAUUUCCAAAAUUUGAUAUAAAGCUGAAACUAAUUUUCGUAAUUUUAUUAUGUAUUGCAAAUAAUUUCGAAAUAAAAGUUCGAUUAUUGAUACUGUCAUCCGUUGUUUACCACUGCAAAUUUUCUGUAUUUCUAUAGUAAUCGAGUCGUGGGUAUAUGCUACGAUAAUACCACCCAAAGAAUAUCACCAUCAAUGUUAUUGAAGUAGAUUACGGAGAUAACUUAUAUUCAUUGGCUAACAGCAUGAUUGGAACGGCUCUUGCAACAUGUAGAGUUUGACAUUUAACAUCGUUAACCUUGGAUAUCAUUUCACAGAUAAAUCUAGCAUCGUUACGCUGCACGUGGACAACGUGCAUAAUAUUUGAUGCGAAUUGAAUUUCAUAGUUUCAGUAGUCGGUGAGAGCUGGGCGUAACAACGUCGUUCUUAGAAUUUCUUGCGCAAUAGCUAGA